CAGCCCCCGGCCCCGACCCGGAGGGAUGUGGAGUGGCGGCGGCGGCAGUGGCGGAGACUGUGGCUUUAAGAGCGCGCCCGGAGCCCGGGAGCCAGCAGGGCGGCCCUCUGCUGCUGCGCACCCCCGCGGAGCCGAGCCCCGCGCUGGCCGGACGGGGCAGCUUGCUGCCGGGCUGCUGAGAACCAGCCCUAGACCUCUGCUUGAGGGUCCUUCCUCUGAAGACAUCACCAGUGUGUGGAGCGUGCCCCACACCCACCCCCUGCCAAACCACGGCCUUUACCUGUGUCUUCCGGUGUUUCCCGUGCGACCCAUCCUGUGGGAGUGCCUCGUGGGCCACUCCAGAGUUCACUCCACGCUCUACGGCGCCAAUGGUGAAGAUGACAAGAUCCAAGACUUUCCAGGCAUAUUUGCCUUCCUGCCACCGGACCUACAGCUGCAUUCACUGCAGAGCCCACUUGGCCAAUCAUGAUGAACUCAUUUCCAAGUCGUUCCAAGGAAGUCAAGGACGAGCAUACCUCUUUAACUCAGUAGUUAAUGUGGGCUGCGGGCCUGCAGAAGAGCGAGUGUUGCUAACAGGAUUGCAUGCAGUUGCAGACAUUUACUGUGAAAACUGCAAAACCACUCUGGGCUGGAAAUAUGAACAUGCCUUUGAAAGCAGCCAGAAAUAUAAAGAAGGCAAAUACAUCAUUGAGCUAGCACACAUGAUCAAGGACAAUGGCUGGGACUGAUUGGAGGGUAUCCACCUACCCCAGUGUCCACGUGAACGCCAUCCAACCAAACAUUCUACCCAAGCGUGAGAGAGUGACUGAACACUUGGUUCCAUCCAUUUAGGGGCCUUGCCAUCUGGGGCAUUCUCCCACCCUGAAGCCGUCUUUCUGGUGACCGGCCUCUAAAUCGCUGUCUCUCUGUCUCUUUGCUUUGUAUCUGUUUGUGAGUUGAUCCUGGCUUCUCUCUGUUCUAGUGUUGGCUGAAAACAAAACAACGAAAGGAACAGAUGCCUGACCACAUGGGGCAGCCCACCUUGAUAAGGGCCCUGGGGCUCAUUAAGAGCUGCUUGAUGGCCUCUUGUCAGGAGAGCAGUGGCACAGCACGGGGGUGCAAGGAAGAAGGAAAUGGGGAGCCGUGAGGGUCCCAGGGCUGGUCAGUGGACGGGACGUUAGAGGUAGGAACAAAAUUGUGCUGCUCCUGGAGUCCUGGUAACUUAGGCUUGAAAUAAUCGACUUGUCUAAAAGGACAAAGAAAAAAAAUACCUCAUGACUGCAUUCUCUCUGAUCAGAAGCUCUGUUCCUGAACCAGCUGUGUCCAGUUAGCAUGUGAGCACAAGAAUGCUCCCUAACUAGUGGGACAGGGGCCUGGUCCUCCUGGGUCCAGCUGGGGGUGUCCUGGCAGCAGAGAGUGCAAAGCCCAGAUGGUUUUGAUAACUCUGAUGCCUCAGUGCCCCUUCAGGUAAUCUUCUUUGCCUCUUCAGCCACUGUUGGUGAGAGGAUGGGAGACUGCCUUUUGCAAUGGGUGCAAGAUCCAAACAUCCCAAAGGCUUUGACCACCAACCAAGUAAAAUCAGUAAUUGAGGAGAACAGGGAACAAAGGGGGCUGUAGUUUGGGAGCUCCUACAGAAAUGGCUCAGAUAUUGGGCCAGAAAAAAAAAAAAAAGUAGAACCAGCUAGCAGUUCUGUCUGACCUUUUUUUCCUGACCCUUAAUAAGAGAAGAGCAUUGUGGCAAGGAAGGGGGUGGGGUGGGGAAAUGCUGGGAAUAGUUUAGAUUUGAGCCAUUACAGGUUAGUGUAUAUUUCCACUUUGGUAUGCAAUGGCUUCAGUGAGAUCAGCAAUUCUUUGUACAUAGAGUUUUGGUUGUUUUUCUCCAGUUCUAUCAUUGUAGAUUGUGGAAAACAAAGUCCCAAGGCUUUGAGCUUAGUGAUAACCCAGCCAGUAGAUUCCUCAUGCCCCUAGCUAUUCUCCUUGGACUUGAAUGCUUUGUGUGGAGAGAAAUUGUCAGAGUGGUCCAGCAGUGUGGAGGGCUUAGAUAUGAUGUCAAACAUCAAGUUAUAAAUUCUGAUAUUAGCCCCCACCUCCCAUCUCCCAAACCAAAGUUGAUUAUAUUAGGGAAGUGGGGAACAAAUCCCUAUAAGGCUCAUGAGAGAAAGGAGUUUGUUAUAGUUAACCAACACUAUGAAGUGUUUUCUACAACACUUCAGCCAGUACAUGGUGCAUGACCGAAACUCAUUUAACUGAGUUAAUUUUAUUGCUUAGACUGAAAAUGUAAUUAUUGUUAAGAUAUGUGCAGGUUAUGUUAGAGUAUCUCAUUCUUGAAAGGGGGCUGAUCCUAUAGAAAAAAUUCACCUAAAAAGUCACAAAAAGAAUGAGUUCAUAGAGGCAAGAAUCUAUAAAAUUGAAUAAUCAAGAUUCAAGCAGCCAACCCAGAACAUUUCCAGAAUUCAAACAAAUUCCUCUAGGGAGUGAUCCAUGGUGGAAAUGCUUUUUUCUGAUUCUGUGUGCUGAUUGCAGAAGGGGGACCCGAGGUAGGCGUGGUCAUGCCCUGGAGGUAGUGAACUGUGGGACUGACAGGAAACCAGGUGGCUCCAGGUUUAGCUGUAGACCACCUCUGUAAGACAAUUAAAAAAAAAAAAAAAAAAAAAAAAAGGAUUCUUAGAAAUUGAAUCUUGU